AUGGAUUCCGAGCCGCUGGCCUCACAAGCGAGCUCACAUCUUCCUCUGGAGCCAGUUACUGGAACAACACUGUUUGGACUUGAAACCACGCGAAGACAAGGUCUUAGCAAGAAGGGCACCCUAAAGACAGGAUGUACGGAGCUCGAUGAGCAAGUGCUAGUGGAUGGCUUCGAGCGCGGCGCCGUCGUGGGCAUAAGCGCCGAGGAGGUUGAUACCGGUCUUCUACUCGGCCUGCAAACUGUGGCAUAUAAUCUGGUCUUUGGCCCGGGUGGGAAAGCGGCCACACGGAGAGCUGCCAUCAUAACACAUCUUGCCAUACCAGUCAUCUUGCCAAUGCUCCGUAAUGUUAUCAAAACGCAAGUGCAGACAAAGUUUGGAAUUGGCCAUACGGAUGUAAACGCUCAGGUACGCCAAUGUUUAGAAUGCAUAUCAGUUUCGCGCGUUUUUGAUGUCGAAGGCUUGUGGGAGGUUCUUAGUGAGCUCGAAGAAAAGCCCCCGGCGCCUACAACAGAAAAAGAAGAGAUAGUACAUGACCUUCCUGUGCCAGCAGAGCCAGAGUCUUCACCACUAUCUUCGCCGCCGCCAUCAUCCCCUAUAACAGAGCUUCCACCAUUGCGGUCGAGCAGAGUCGAGGAGAUCGAAAUACAAGAUAGCGAAGAUGAAGGCGACUUGUCUUCAGUGCCUGCUUCGCCUUCUACACUUGAACAUAAAACUCUGCCAGCAGAGGAGCCAGAGUUACCGAUACCGACGCUAGCAGAGCCACACCAUGAACGGCUUACAUAUGAGGAAUCUUUCACGGUUCCAGAGAUCAUCCUGGUCACCCACUUGUCAACGCUGCUAAAUACGUUAUUCACACAACGCGCCAAAUCAUCUGCACACACCACAAUACAGCUUCUUUCUUCUCACCUACGGUACCUAUCUCGGUCUGCUGGAUCCCUCAUAAUGCUCCUGAACACCACAUCCAACACGCCCGCCACCGCAGUCGCCAACCCAGCCUCCACCGUACCAACAACGCCAGGGCCCCCUGGAAAGUGGAGCUCAGAACGACCUCUCGACCCGACGCUGCGAUCCAUAUUCAACCAGCCGCCGCCUUCCCAUGUCGGAUACGGAGCCGGAAGCGUGGCUCUGAGUCGAAAGAACAAGCCGGCUUUCGGCUUGACGUUCGCACAGUUCCUCGAUCUACAUCUGCUAUGCACCCGACUACCUAAAACUCGAGCAGAUGCAGCAAACGCACAUGCACCUCCCGCGGCUCCAUCUUCCGCAGCCACAGGAAAGGUGAGGUAUGUAUGGAUCGUUGAGGUCCUUCUUGAUGAGUCGGGUCUCUGGGAUGGCGUCGGUAAGAGAAUCGACAGGGAGCAGAGAUGGGGUGCUGUUGAGGUCAAGGACGGCGUGAGAAUUGUUGAUGCUUUUGAGAAGAAGCAGGAGAGACAGCACAAGACGGAAAUGUUCAGGCUGGCAGCUGGGUUUGGGGGCCGGCGAGUAUAA